CCUGAAAUCGGGCGGUACCGGGGGCGGAUUGGGCCUGGGUCGGACCUCUACAAGGUUCGGGUCGGGUACAGACUGCUGUGACGGUCAGAUCGACGUCAGGAGGACUUUAACGGCUCCGUUUAACGGCUACCGGCGGCUAACCGCUAAGGCUAACUGCCGCAGUUUGACGUUAAGAUUCUGUCCGAACCUCUGUCUGGACCCAGUUCACAAAUCCGGUCACCGAUCGUGUGUUAUUAGGCGGACAUUACCCGAUCCGAACCGGGUUGAUGCCAAAUCUGAGGCCGCAAAGCGGAUCAGUUGUCGGUUCUGCUGCAAUCGACCGAUAGGUGCUGCCGAACAGGAACAGUUCACCUGAAAGGAUCUGGAAACUGAAACAGUUCAACAGCUGAACGGAUUCACACAGUCCACAGCACCAGGUUCUGAGCAGGUUCUGAGUUCUGGUACCGCAGGAACAGCAGCUGAUCACUUGUCUUUCUGCAGAACCUGACCUGAAGAGCAGCGAUGAGCAGCCGGAGCCACAGAACCAGUUCCAGGAGUCGAUCCAAGCGGGUCAAGAGGUUCUCCAGAGUGUCUCUGCAGAAGCCCGGAUGGAGCAAAGAGGAGGACGAGACGCUGCGGCGCCUGGUGAAGGGCUGCGGCUCCAACAACUGGCCCUCGGUGGCGCUGCACUUCAGGGGUCAGAGGUCAGAGGUCCAGUGUCAGCGGCGCUGGCAGCAGAUCACCAACCCGGAGCUGGUCAAAGGCCCGUGGACCCAGGAGGAGGACCGGCGGGUUCUGGAGCUGGUCCAGAAGUACGGCGUCAAGCGCUGGUCGCUCAUCGCCAAACACCUGCACACUCGCAACGGGAAGCAGUGCCGCGAGCGCUGGCACAACCACCUCAACCCGGCGGUGAAGAAGAGCAGCUGGACGGCGGAGGAGGACCGCAUCGUGUGCCAGGCCCACAGGCUGAUGGGCAACCGCUGGGCCGACAUCUCCAAGCUCCUGCCAGGAAGGACGGAUAACUCCAUUAAAAAUCACUGGAACUCCACUCUGAAGAGGAAGGUGGAGAAAGAUGGAUACCUGCACUUCCUGCAGCUUCGUGGCUCAAGCUCCGCCUCCAGACCGGGGACCCGGAACCACGAGUCCCACAGAGCCCAGGCCAACAGUCUGUCUACGGUUCAGGACGAGUCCAGCUUCUCCUCGGGUCAGAGCAUGUGCAGACCUCACGGAGAGUCCAGCCACCUGUGCUCCUCCUGGCUCCCCGCCUCCUACUCGGCGUGCAGCUCCUCUCUGAGCAAGGACGGAGCAUCGGGCGAGCUGACGAACCUGGAGGCGUGGAGCUGUGACAUACAGGAAGUGACAUCACAUAGCACUCAGCCCCCACAGGUGCUCCACACCUGCCUGGUCAGAGAGGAUCACCAGUGUCUCAUAGACCUGAGCAGGAGCUACGUAAGACACAGCGCUGCAGCUGCUGCUGGGCUCUCACACAGCAAGGUGUGACCUCAGCAGGCCAGGUGAGUCAGCUG